AUGGCUGCCACUGUUCUGCGCCACUCGCCUCGUGCCCGGCCGCCCGAGCUGCAGCUUCUUCAGCGAGUUCUCAGCGAUGCCUGCCAGGGGCAUGCUGCAUGGCCGGCUGACCCGGCCGACCUGGCAUCGCAGAUCGCCCGGAGAAUCGGGAAGGAACGGCCGGACCUUUUCAUUGUGGUCCUCCCUGGGCCUUUCAUGAGCGAUUCGCAGGACAUGUUUGGCGAGGGCUUCGACAUUUUUUCAGAGAUUCAGGUGCAUCCACAGCUCAUUGCCAGCGUUCUGGCGAGGAGCCCGAGGUCGGGCCCCCCGGAGCCCCCGAAACACGGCGGCACCGGCGCCGUGCCCGCAGCCACUGCCGAGGUGCUCCUUCAGACAGUGCCGGGCGGACACGCGGCCGAGAUGCAGACGGCCGUGGCCGCUGCUCUGCAGGUGGAGGGGGACAGCACCUCCCGAGCCUCGGAGUGCUACUUUGCCUUGGCUCGACAGUUGAACUUCAAGCUGCCCCUCUUCGUCCUCUGGCGCCACGCAUCCACGCCGGCGAGCUCCUGCAAUGCAGCCGGGGAGCGCCUCGCGCUACGUGCGGGGAAGUCGGUGGUCGACAUCUUCGUCUUCUCGGGUGAGCUGGGCCCAGCCGCGGGAGUCGAAGAGAGGCUUGUGCUGGCGCCCACAGGGGCCGGGAAGUCCACGUGGCGCACGCAUGCGCCCGUGUUCUGCCCAGAAGGGGAGGUGAUGGAUGAGGUUACGUUCCACCCGGCCUAUCACAGGCGCAUCCGCUUGAAGCCAGGAGGUUGGCUAAGCACCGAGGAGCCCGCACCCUCGGUGUUUCUGCGGGACCUGAGCCUCCUUCGCCGGUGGCUCAGCGUCGACCGCCGGCGCCGGGUCACAUUCAACUGUGCUGGGGAGGUGCUGGAGGAGGCCUGCAGGCUUUCUCUCCUGCAGCCUGCGGAGGUUUGCAUCGUGCUGCCUCCGGAGGCCGCGCAUCAGCGCUUCCUUUCCAAGAGAAAGGCGGCCGUGCUUGGAGACACGAGGGCCAAGAAGUUCAAGGCCGACCCUUCCCUGUCGCAUUGGGACGAGGGUCCGCUGCGGAAUCGAGAGACGCUGCGGGCUGCAGCUGCACAGUGUGGCAUUCGUGUGUACUGCUCCUUUGCUGCGGCGGCCGGUGCUGCCGUCCACGUGUUCUGUACGCUCAGGCACCAGGGCGGCCCCGAGGAGGCGUUCUUGGCAGAGCCUCCUUCGGCGGAGCUCGAAGCGCAAGUUGACGUCACCAUGGCCUGUGGACGCCAGAUCUCUGAGUGGCUGAGCAAAGGCGGAAGUGUGGCUGCGCCCCGCCGCCUGGAGGAAGUGGGCGAGCGCGGGGUCUGGCAAGUGAGCGCCGACUCCGAGGAAUCGGACGCCUACAUCGUCAAGAGCUCCUCUGGCUUCCUUCUGCUGACAGAUGGCUCUACGCUGAUCAGCGCCGAGGAUCCUUAUCGGGAUCCCGCGGAAGUCUUCUGGACGCGAGCUCCCGACGAAGCUGCUGAGACAGCUGACAGCAGCUUCUGGCUGUGCGGGCGUGAUGCCGCGCAGCGCUUGCAUGCCCGGCGGUGCACAGGAUGUGCCUCCUUCGAUCCUCCAGGGCCCUGGAGGCACGCGCUUCCCGUGCACCGCCUGACAGAGGAGGAUGGCCCCGUCCUAUGGUACCCGGGCUCCUUCGCGCCCUUCCAUCUGGGCCAUCUCAACUGCCUGCGAGCUGCGCGGCACGAGCUGCAGAAGCAGGGUAUCAAAGUGUCAGGUGCCUACGCCAAGCCACAGCUGCCCAAGAGCUUGGGCUACAAGAACCUGGACAAACAGGGCUCCUCAGUCUUCGCCUCGGGCGCCGUGCGCCUGCGGCUUCUGGAGCUGAUCGUGGCUCAGGAGGACUGGGUCAUGCCCGACCCCCAUGGCAUCCUGCGCGGGGGCGGGAACAACUUCGUGGACCUGCGGUCCUUCCGUGCCAACUUACAGGCUUCACUUGCGCGGCUGGGAGGAGGUCGCGCUGACUGGGCGUCCUCGGUCGAGAUCAUUUGGGUGAUCGGGGAUGAUGCCUUUCCCCACCUGAAAGACAAACUUCUAAGCGGGCAGCAUGCGCCCAAGGAAGAUGCCCUCAAGCAGGUGGGCCCCUUCCGGAUGUGCGUAGUGCACAACCGACCAUCACAGUGGACGGCCCUGGGACCGGGCUGUGAAGAUCUGCCCUUCCCCGUGGUCGAAGUGACAGCGCCACCUGAGUUUUCGGCGGACCUCAGUGCCACGGCCGUGCGGGAGCGGUGGCAGCAUGGGGCGGGCCAGGAGGAGUUGGCGCAGCUGCUGGGGAGCAAAAGUGAUCGAUGA